AUUAUUCAUCAUGUCAUCUUUAUUCUCCAAAUUUGUGCUUAAUUAUUGGAGCGUUGGAAAAAUCCAACUAAAUUGAAGAGUAUGAAACUGUACCUAACUUGGCAUCUUUAUGCAGUUUUGUACAGUGCUACCACUAGCCCUUUCACUCACACUCUGUCCUGUCAUUUCACUACAAUUCUGCCAUAGCCAACCCCACUGCAAACUCUUUCUUACUUUUUACCCUCUUUACACCAAAAUCCCCAGCUAUUUAACCCUUUCUCCCCCUUCUCAAUCCCACAUCCAUCGACCAAGCAUAAACAGUGAAAUUUGAAUUCUGGGUUUGUUGAUUAUUUGAAUUUUGCGGGAUAAUCUGUCGGAGUAUGGUGGCUCCAUCAGCGGUGGUGGUAGUGAGAUGAAGGAACGGCAGAGGUGGCAACCGGAAGAAGAUGCCCUCCUCCGUGCCUAUGUGAAACAACACGGUGCUAAGGAAUGGAAUCUUAUCUCUCAACGAAUGGGAAAAGCCCUUGAUAGGGACCCAAAGUCAUGCUUAGAGCGAUGGAAAAAUUAUCUAAAACCCGGAAUUAAGAAGGGUUCAUUGACGCCGGAGGAGCAACAUCUUGUCAUUUCGCUUCAGGCGAAAUACGGUAACAAGUGGAAGAAAAUCGCCGCCGAGGUUCCCGGCCGCACCGCCAAGAGGCUGGGUAAGUGGUGGGAGGUUUUCAAGGAGAAACAGCUUAAACAACUACAGAAAUCGCAUAACAGCCGCCAGGAGUAUGAUAAUCAUGUAGCGGGCUCUGCCGUGGCCAAUGGUGGGUCGCCGGAGAAGGCGGUGCAAGGGAAGUACGACCAUAUCUUGGAGACUUUUGCAGAGAAGUACGUGCAACCUAAAAUGUUUGCAUUUCAGUCCCCUAACAUCAUUAUUCCUCCUAAUCUUCCACUCCCUGAACCGCCUCCGGUUCUUUCACUCGGUUCAUCCGAACCGGUUCAAGUAUCCGGACCAAUUCUCCCGCCAUGGAUGAAUAACACCACCUACACCCAGACGACGUCGUCUUUGACAUCGUCUUCUUCCUCCACUCACUCUCCUUCUGUAAGCCUAACUCUUUCCCCUUCCGAACCGGCUGUUCUCGACCCGAUUCACCCAGAACCCGGAUUAUCCUCCCGGUUCCUACCAAAUCACCAAUUGGGCACUCUGAUUCAGUACUGCAAAGAACUUGAAGAAGGAAGACAAAUCUGGUUACUUCACAAGAAGGAAGCUACAUGGCGCCUGACCCGCCUCGAACAGCAGCUCGAAUCGGAGAAAGCACGAAAAAGAAGAGAGAAAAUGGAGGAAAUAGAAGCCAAAAUAAGAUCUUUAAGAGAAGAAGAAAUGGCGUUUAUGAGCAGAAUUGAAGGAGAAUACAGAGAACAACAGAUUUCAUUGCAGAGAGAUGCUGAGGCGAAAGAGAUGAAGUUAAUGGAAGCAUGGUGCAGUAAGCAUGUGAAAUUGGCUAGACUUGUUGAACAAAUUGGGUCCCGCCAUGGCGGCACUGGUGCAGGUUCUAAAGAUUUUCACUUAUAAGCUAAUUGUGCUGUCAAGGUUGUUAAAUUAGUAUAAAAUAAUGCAAAAGAAAUAAUUUCUUUUUUGAUAUAUACUUUCAAUUGCAUUU